AUGGCUAUCCUGCCAUCCUCCGCGCCGGACCCGGCCCUCCCCCUGCUCACGCAAUGCACGCACAUCCUCGCCAACAUCACCACCCUCCUCAGCGAGCUCGACGCGCUCAAGGACGCGCUCACACACCGCCCGUCCCCGACGACGACGACCAAGCCGCUGGCGUGGAACCAAGCUGUCCCCGGCCUGGGCCCGUUUGAGCGGCUCGUUGUGUCGGAGAAGAAGCACCUCGAGAGGAUGGUGGCCGCCUACACCCCGGAACUCGGGGGAGAGGAGUUGGAGGCGCUGGAUCGGAAGACGCGGUUGAGGCUGGAUGCGAGUAAUUACAAGUUUUAUGAGAGCGUGUGGGAGGUGGCGAAGAGGUGUUGUGAUUUGGCGGGGAUGAGGAGGGAGCUGGCGGUGAAGAAGGAUGGGAAGAAAGGAAAGGGGAAGGGCGUCGGCGCGGUGGUGGAUUUGGUGGUUAAGGGAGGGACGGAAUGGGUUAAGGUUGUGACUACGACGGAGAGGAGGCUGUUUUAUGAGAUGGCGGAUGCGGGGUGGGACUGGGAUGAGGAGGAGCAGGAGGAGAUGCUGGAGGUGUUGAAGGAGGAGGGCGAGGGGAGCGUGGAAGUCGCGCGGGUGGCGCGGUGCAUGAUCGCUGCGGCACGGGGGAGCUUUGAAGGGUACCGCCGGCCGCGGUGCGUGAUCCUCAUGAGCCGGAUCGAGGAGGGCCGGAACGCGCACGUGGAUCGGCUGCUGUCUCUUGUGCGCCGGCUCGGGGAGGGGACCGGGGUGGAGCUGGUCGUUGAGACGGCGAACGCGGGGAUCCUGGCGUGGCCGGCGCCAAGUUUGGGGGAGGCCAUCCGGAAUUUGGUGCAGGCGGACCCGUUUGAGGGCUUCACGGACACGCUGAACGUGGACUGCUCCGCCUUCAUGGCGCUGGCGAGCGACUGCAGCCAUUGGAGGAUCGGGCCCGAGAGUCCGCUGUUGCGGGGCGCGCAGCACCGGCUCGACGCGGCGGAUGAGGUGGAGAACGGGCCGCGGCUGGUGACGACGAUGUAUCCCGCCCUUGGGGCGCGGCGGCUGGUCACGACGAGGGAGGCGGCGGAUACGUUUUUGCGGAUUUUGGGGGAGAUUGGGACGGAGACGGAGAAGGCGCGGACGAGGAUUUUAUUCGAGCCGUUGGGGGAGGGUGAAGGCAGCAGGGAGAGGGUGAGGAAGUUGCAGACGCUGUCGGAGCAUCCCGUCCCCGAAGAUCUGCAGCUGCCUGUUGAGGUCGUGCCGGGUGUGAGCUGGGAGGAGGCGCGGGGGCUGGUGGAGGAGGGGGCGCUGCCGAGGAUCGCGCUGGCGGUGGGGAGGAAGGGCAGCGGGCUGGAUGCGAUGGGGGUGAGUUCGUUUCUGUAUGGGUGGAGGGAGGGGAUCACGACGGUGACGGGGAAUUGGGAGGCUGUGAAGAGGUUGAGGGCUGCGAUCGAGGCUGGGUUUGCGGAGGCGGGUGGGGAGGAGGGGGAUGGUGUUGGUGACGGGCCGAGGGUGUGGAGGAUCCCGUUUUCGAGAAAGUUGUUGGCGAAGCCAAGGCCAAGGGAUAUUGAUGCUGGUGAGGAGGAUGGCGGGGGGAGGAAGUUGAAGACGAGGGUUGAGAAGAAGGUUGAGAAGGAGAGGAGUUUGGAGAGUUGGAUUGGGGAGGUGAGGUUGGAGGAGUGA